AUGAAGUCGAGUACUUUGUUUAUGGUUUCUUGUAUUCUCAUUGCUAGCAUUUAUCAAUUGUUUAUAUAUAUGAAAUCGGUGGAGAACAAGGGGAAGAAGGUGAGGAAGGUGUGCACAAAGGCACAAAUUUUCAAAGAAAAUUGUGGGAUGGACGGAAACAAGACGUGCAUCAAAGGCUUUAACAAAAUCAAAGAGUACCCUUUUCAUUGCGACUGUGAACUUCAUGUACGAACCGAGAGCAGACGUGUGUGCAUAAGUAAAUUUCCAACUACCCCUUGCUAA